CUCUCAGAAUGCCUGCGCCAGCUCCAGACUACAAGAAAAGGCCUCCGCCAAUCGCUAUUCCCCAGUGGCCUCCUGUUGCUCACGGCCAAAACGCCUUUCCCAAUGCGCCACUUCAAGGCAAAGGCAGUAAUCAGCACCCGCAGCGUUUUGCAUCUUCGUCGACCCAACAAGCCGCGCGCUCUGGAACAACGACACCGCUGACGUCGCCGCUGGAACUUGGAGAAUUUGGUUUCGCAGUCCCCAAAUCUGGCUCCCAAGCGAGCAAGCACCGUGCAUCAGCAAUGACAACACUUUCGGGUCUCAUGGGCCAAGCCCGCACUUCACCACGGAAGCCAGAUCACGGCUCCGUACCCAGUCGACAUGGCUCGACUACGCGCUCCCGCCAGUCAGAGCGCAGCCACCGCAGCGCUAUUGAAGCUCAAGCCCAGCUUGAGAUUUUUGAUCAAGACGAGACAACCUCAAGAUCUCAGAUCGAGUCCCGCACUGAGAACAAGUUGUUCAAAAUGACUGGUCAGAUCCCUCCAACACCCACCACAGGACCCAUCGAUCCGGAAAAGGUUUUUAUUCGAACGGAAGACCUUCGCGCUCAGUGCAGGGCUGUUAGUGGCGACAAACAUACUGAAAGCGGUGAGCUUGCUAAAAGCCCCAAGAAGAAGCUUUUUGGUGUCAGUCUCCCCAUGUUCAGCAAGACAGCCGCAGUUGCCACCGCACCUGCAAUGCCACAGAAAGCAGCCCAGAUUUUUGGUACUAAACCCUCACGGAAACCUCGUCGGUUCGAGCCACGCCCAAUCAGGUCGGCGCGUGUUGUCAAGACGCCUACAAAGAUCUCACGAUCAGACACAUCAAAGUCUCUGUCCGCAACCUUGUAUGGCGACAUUACGUCGGACGGGCUUCACCGCACUACCUCGACACGUGGCAACCAUACCACUGUGCGCUCAUCACCGGAAAAAGAGAAUACGCCGCUUCAAGAGCAAGCCUCAGUGCAAUCGUCAUUCGAGUCUAUGCCUCCUCCUACUCCUCCUGCUAAAGAUACGCCUCCCGAGUUUCGUCUUCACAGGGGCCCGUCAAGUCCACUACGACGAGCGCCUUCUCACGAGGAUUUGCGCGAGAGCUACGGCAGCCAUCCAAAUAAAGGCAUGCAAGUUCAAUUACCGUUUCCAAUGUUUGCACUCAGUCCAUCGCCUCCAAAGACCGCUAUUCACGGUAUGGGUGACGUGAGUCCGACUAAAUAUCGGCCAUACACUGCUGAAGACUACACCAAGCUCAUUGAAGGUGAGGCGCUGCAUUGGCUCCAUGCUGAUGAGGGUGAAGCAGGCGAAAUGAAAGAAGGCGGCCAUAGCGCACCACUGGCCGACGAACGUCGUGAUCUGCUGCUGCAGCUUCCUCAGUCGAGUCGCAGCGACGACAAACAUUACAACGAGCGAAUUGGUCGCCGGCUGAGUCCCCUGCCACCGCGGUUUUACUCUCCAUCUGAUCGAUCUGUUCAGCUUUUCACCGACGGUGAGAGUCCGUCGCAGAAUACUGACGCCAGCCGUAUGCUCUUCGCGCCGCUCAAGCCUAGCCUGCUCAACGAAGGCUCCAACGACAAAUCGGUCGAAACGAUGUAUCAGAACAGUGUGAAUGCCAUUGAGUCAGAUGCCGCAAAACCACAGACAGCCGACAAAGACUGCGCACAGCCACCUUCUGGAGGUCCCCCGCGCGUGAAGGACGGCUUCGCGGGUAUGCAUGGGCUGCCCACUGGUGGGUGUGAGAGUAACCGUAAGAGCGAAAGAUCCGGCGCGCACACUCAGCACGCCGAGAUGUCACCUGCGCCUAUGCUCCGCGGCGGCAACGGUACUGCUCCCUCUGGUCCUUGGCCUUCUCCGCGUACACAAAAAACAGUCGAGGAUCACUUCUUCAUGACCAACGAACAUUUGGAUGUUGUUGGUAAAACCACAUACGAUGCCCUCGACAUGUACACAAAGCAACAGAUCAACGCAACGAAUACUAAGCAUGAACAGCUUGUGGUCAUCUUGGACAAACAUAUCGAAGACUUGAAAUCUCGCAUCAACUUGGUUAGCGAGAAGGCCGAUGACAACUGCAACCAAACUCACAAUAUCGGUGCAAAGCUUGACCAGUUCGAAACAUUUCUCAAGACCGAAGUGCUCGGUGUGAUGACUGAGCAGACGAAGAAGACAGCCGAAGUGGAGUCAAGCCUGAAAGAGAUCCAGAAGGCAAUGGCGCAUAUGCAGCAGACUGUGGAAAAGCUGUCCGAGCUCAAGCCUACUCCUCAUCACCCAGGUACUGGUACAUUGCCUACUUCUGGUACAUCGAACGUGAUGUCCCAUGUUACGAACCCGAUGGUCCAUACCACGAACCCGAUGUCCCAUGAUACGAACCCGAUGCCCCACGUUCCGGCGGCCCAGCAGUACGACUCACACAGCGAUCCGCGAGGCAACUACGGCAACAACUGGCAAUCUCAAGCAUGGAACGGCCGUUCGACAUACCAAGGCCGCCACAGAGGGGAGGCCUCUUCGUACGCUGGUGUCAAUCCCUAUCACUACAGCAAUGGCAGCCAGUACAACAACACGUACAUGAACGGCUAUUCUGCUGACAACUUCUCCCCGUCCAGCCCUAACCAGCCGUACACCUAUGGCCAGAAGCCAGCUCAAUGAGGCAUUCGGAAGUCUGGCGAUGGAAAAUUUCGGCUCGGUCCACGACAUGCCGUUUGGCGAGUUUUCUGUAUAAUAACAUGGUUUGGCUUGGUGGCGAUACACGGACUGCAAGGCGGUGGCACAGAUCUUUUGUUCCUUGCCAUGUCACGGAGUGUCCUUUCGCGGGUAUCGAAACAAUAGUCUAGCAAACAAAAAGCAUAGCCAAUAAAAC